AUGUUUAUUGUAUAUAUCUUAAACAUUUUUACAGCUCAGUUACCUAGACAUUUUGUGCUAAAACCGGCAAGCAAAUCAAUCUAUGUGCUUCAAGGGCAGAGUGGAGAAGUCACAUGUGAAGCUGAAGGCCCUUUAGUUUCUACCCUGAAGUGGGAAAAGCAACAGGAUGAUAAAUCAUAUGCAGCAGUCCCCAACAGUCAAGUUAACAUCACUAAAGAUGCAAACUAUGUGAGAGCAACCCUGAAGAUUACAAAUGCCCAGUUUGCGGACACUGGUACAUACAAAUGCACAGUAUCAGUUCCACCAAAUAAAUCGGAUUAUAAGGAGACAAAUAUAACCGUCAUGGGUAGGUUAGCUCUAUUGUAUUGCAUUGUAAGGUUACUUUUAAUCGCAUGGAUUUGUUUUCGGUCUCCCAGAGAUCAAUUCCUUGUUAAAGAACCCACACACUAUUCGAAAAGAGUAGGGGACGUAAUUCCCGGUGUUGUGGUCUAUCUUCAUCACUUACAUCAUCACUCAUCAUGGGUUGGGAGGGUUCAGUGGGCUCAUAAAUGGACUGAUAGCGGCUGCCAUCGGCGCCCUUAGUAUGCUGAUGUCCGAGCCCACUGCAAAAAGCUAUGUAAAGAGGACAUGUAUGUUUGUCCUCUCAAUCGCGACAUUUACAUUUACAUUUACAUUUACAUUACAUAAUAAGAUAGUGCACUUACACUAUGAAAACAAAACGAAAACACAGUAUUACAUCAACCAUGUACUUGUUCGAUAUAUCACUAGUUUUGCAUUUUUUUUAACCUAAGGGAUCCUGUUCGAACCCGUUUGUAUCGAUAACAUAAAUAGCUACGUAGAAGUCUUAUCGCAUUGUCAUAGAAUCCGCAAGCUUUCAAUUUACUGAGCGUAAAAUAAGUGGAGGAUGGAUGGAGUCGAAAGACUUAGACAUAAUUUGUAGAUAAAAUGAUAGGUGCUGACGAUGAAUUAUCCAUUUCAUGUCUCUGGUUUUCUACUAAGCUGACAAGGGUAUUUUCACAGCUAUUAUUAUUUCUAUAAGCGGUUGGGCUAUCUCCUAGACAACCUUCAGAAUUUAUGGAGACUGCUUUGCCAGCAUUUUUUGUUCAAAUACUUUACCUACGCAAGAAAUGAUUGUGAUGGGUCGAUAAUUUCCCUCACACAGCGAUCACCCUGUUUGAAAACAGGUGUCUACUCCCCUUUUUUUCUACUCAUCUGGCCACUUUCUUUUUUCAAUGCAAACGUUGAAAAGUUUGUAAAGUGGGUAAGCUAUAUAGCUAGUUUUGCGGCGCCAAUCAUCUCUAUCGGUAGAGCAUCAUAUCCGGGUGCUUUGUUUGCGUCAAGUUUUUCGAGAACCUCAUGUACUUGUUUCGCGCUAUUCCGUUCAAAGUUCAACAUUCGCGUGGAUCUCUUAGAAUGUGCAAUUCUUUAAUUGUACAAUUGGGUGGUCAGCAAAAUUAACCAUGAGAGAGUGUUCUGUAUUCAUGUUAUUUCAAAUGCCGUCAGCAAUAGUGAAAAAAUGAUUCACAGGUAUCUCAGCUACUCUGUUUUGAUCCUUUACAACUGAUUUGCUAUCAUUUAGACUGAUAUUAGCCAAUGGUACUGGUCGAUUUUUCCAUCGUAAAUCAUUAAUAUCCGUAUUGAUCUUGAUGCUGCUGUUAUAGAAACUCAGGAAGGGGUUCAUUACGACGCCGUGUAUGAUUAUGUCAGCCAUUCAAUGACUUCACAUGCACACCACCUUCUGAAGAGGAAAUGAGCAUGCUUAUUCAUAAAUCAUCAAAGAAAAGCUGCACACUUGAUCCUAUUACAGCCAGACAUUUUACACCCAUCUCCUGGUGAUCUUGUGCACCCGAAUUCCCCCCACAGGCUACUGAAGGUUCUUUAAAUACUCUGAGUGGCAGAGUACAUACAGCAAACAAAGAGACCACACCAUGCGUCAAGUGGUUGCUUACAGGACCGGUCAGUUGCAACAGCGGCACUUUUCCUUUAGUUUGGUGGUAACCAAAUGUUGUUUCGUAGAUCUGGCGGUCAUAAGCGUACACCGAUAAAGAUGAAGUGAUAUAAUAGGUCAAGUCGUUUUGGAAAAUAUUUUAAAGCAACGGUCCCAGUGCAGAUACUUAAGGACAUUUUCGGCUAGUACGCCUCCACGAGCUCGUAUGACUCCAAUUUUUUGGAGAGAAAUCUGAGAAAGUACCAGACAAUAAACAUCUGUCGCAAGGGUGUCAAAGAGCACAAUGCCCAUGUGAUUAAUAUUAAGGACAGUCAUCAGCCUAUCGAGCAGCCUAAAACGUUUAGCAGUAACAAUAGAUGACAAACUAUGUCUUAGCGAGCAUUAACUUUAUAAGGCGGCUAUCUUACCUCAUAAAACUUAUGUGUCAUUUGGUUUGGCAUUUUUGUCAAGCAAGCGAUACACGUAGGUUAAGGAGAAUACAAGAAAAAGGACUAAGGGCCGCAUUUAACGACAGAAAUUCAAGUUACCAGGCAUUAUUAGAUAGGGCAAAUUUACCCACUUUAAGAAAUACUAGGCGAUUAUAAGAUAUUUGCAUCUUGAUGUAUAAAGUGAAAAAUGGACUUAGUCCCAAACCGUUUCUCGAUCUAUUCACAACCCAGCAAUCAGUUUAUAUCCUGAGAUAGUCAGACUUUGCUGUAUCUGGCUUCGCUGCAAUGACUAGCGGAAAGGCGGCACUCCAUAGUCUUGUAUUUUGACAGAAAUAAAGCAUCAUUCAUUCAUUUAUUCAUUCAAAAAUCAUCCUUUGGAAAGAGAAGUACUUUAUUGGCCCUGUACAAUCUUCCCUGAUCACUGCUGCUCUCUCUCAUAAAAUAGAAUUCCCUGCGUGCAGUGUUGCCGAUGCCGGUUACAUGAUUUCUCAAUAUCUUGAACAUGUCCAGUGCCUUAGAUAUCCUCGUCUUCCUCUAACCUUUCUCCACUUUCAUACGCUGCCUCCUCGCGUCUGCAAUAUCCGAAUUGUAUCAAGGAGCCUGAGGCCUAGCCCUAACAAUUCUCGUUCUCAAGUAGAUUAAGGCCCUGGGUCUUUACAGAAUUCUCAGAAUUUUAAGAGGGGGGGAGGGGAGUGUCUAGUGUAAGUAUUUUCAAGAUAUCCCAUGACUUUUAAUUUAAGGCUAAUCGAAAUUGUUUAGAACUACAUCACGUGACUGUUUUAUCAAGAAAGCUUUUGAGUCGAAAAGCCCACUAGAUAGAGAGCAAACUGUUUUCCUUUUGUGGGUCUAAAAAAAGGCUACUAAUACUCUUCUUUUAAAAACGGUAGUAAUGAAACGAGGUCAAUAACGGUCUUUUUCCUGACGAAAAUUUUAGUUAGAGCAGGGCUGGCACUAGCCAAUGUACACCAAUCGCACCUGCCAAUUGUAACGUUUCAAGCCAUUCCGCGCUGAUUUGUAGAUACUUUGUAGGGUCAACGUUUUGACGUACAGAGAAACUGGAGUUAUACGUUUGGCAAGUGGUGGAAAUCGUAGGUUACAAUUUUUAAACAAUAGAGGGCGUGAUCGAACACGUGACCAGGUAAUUUAGAUUUAUUAUUUUUUUCAAUUUUUUUUUUUGAAGUUUAGUUUAGUUUACUAUCAAUCUUUCCCCGUGGAUGAGAAUGGUUUUUGGAAAAUGUACAUAAAAACCAUAAUGAUUAGACCCAGGCCUUAAUCUACUUAGGCUGUCAGUGGCGCGUGACGAUCCAUGUUACUACUGUACUCAGACUCGCAUUGUAGUCGGGUACAAGCAUAUCCAGCUCACAGGAAUAAGAAGGGUUAUCCUGCCCACUCUUCCUUAGGUCUAUGCAAGAUCACGCUUGAGACAGCCCAUGUCUACCGCCGUCGCCUUCCUGUAUAAAAUAUUUUAAUUCAUUUUUUUGAAAAGCAGGCUUGUUGAUGUUGAUGUCGCAAUGAACAGCGGCGUGAUCAGAGAAAUAACGAAAAACGCGUGGUGGACGAGCUAUGGUGUUCUCCAUUUUCCGCGUGAUAACAAGAUCAAGGGUGUGGCCGAGUGAUUCCAGAAGAUCCUAAAUUUUAAGAACUGUAUCAGCGUCGGUAGAGACAUCUAUGUGGAUGUGGAUAUUCAAGUCUCCAAGCUGCAAGAAUUAGUACACGGUCUUUGGACAAGACAGUGGAUUUCAGUGCAAAGACGGAACUACGCUUAUACGUAACUUAGAAAUUGCAGGCAAUAAAUUCUCUUUCAAAAAGUAGAUGUUUCGGGACCUCUAACUUCUCGGAAUAAUAAUAAUAAUAUUUAAUACUUAUAUUGCGCUUUUUCUAUAAAAAUACUCAAAAGCGCAUUACAAUAUUAUUAAUAACUAAAUUAAAAACCAGUAAAAUUACCCGGUAAAAUUACAAUAUUAAAAUCACAGGAGAGAUCACAGAGAACUCCUAUGGUUCAAUUCACAGAUCACAGAGACCUCCUAUGGUUCAAUUCUCGUAAAUGGCCACCUCCUGUAAGCGACCACUAGGUUUUCGCGUUUUAAGCGGUCACUUACGGUAGUUGCGACUGUAUUCUACCAUUAAGUAUUAAUCUAUGUAAAAUCUGUUUCUUUCAUACAUUUAGCGCCUUCUGCACCUUCAAUAAGUCCCUAUACAGGGCAAACGGACAUACGAGAGGGAUCCACCAUGUCUAUAAACUGUGUAGCAGAGGGAUUUCCGAAACCAACUGUAGAUUGGUACAGAAAUGGCAAGAAACUGAAUGUUACAAACUGCCAUACAAAAUCUCAGAGUUGUGAUAAAGUUGCCUAUGAAAUUUAUGAAGAUGGUUCUUCUAGGCUUCACCAUAUAUACACGUAUCAAGUCCUCAGAAUAAGAAAUGUAUCGUAUCCAAGAGAUGUUGGUGAUUUUAAAUGUGUUGCAUCAAAUGGACUUUCACCAGAUGCUGAGUUAAUUGUCAGUUUGGAUGUUCAAGGUAUUUAUUAUAAGCUAGGCCGGAAUAUAAUACCUUUGUUCUUUGUGUAACCAAUAAUUUACAUAUACAUGUAUAAUUUUUAGACCAUUCACAAAUGACUUGCUCAGAACCAACAUCAAGAGCCACAGUUUAUUGUCUUGUACCACUUGUGAUGUAAGUAAUUUUAACUCUUAAGUUAAAGGAGGACCUGUAAGCUUUUCAAUCAAACAGGCGAGACUAAUUUAAUUUUAAUCCUUCUCGGCCCUUAACUGCUCGCACUUGUUUGAACACAUUAUUUUCCCUAUGCAAUAUUUCCAAACCUUUUCCUCUGUGGGUGAAACCUGGUAAAACCGUAGAAGAAAUACAAAUUACGGCAAGCAAUUGUGUUCUUAACGGAGGGCGAAUUCGAGGUGGGGGGAAGGCUUAUUUGAAGGAGAGGCUUAUCGCCUUACAGGUAAUUUUUCUCGUUCGAGUAAUGACAUCUGUUUAGCUGUAAACACUACACUAGAAAAUACAAUGUAUCUCUAAGAAGAAACACAAACCUGAGUGUGGUCGCACUGUUUACAUUAAGGCCCUUACGUUCUGGUAUUGAAAUCCUUCUAUUCUACUUCUUUCUACCGGAUAUUCAGUCAGUUUUCUUUCUUGGAAAAGGGUUGCUAGCUGAGGAGGUCUUGACAACAAAAUCCCAAGUACACUAUACAUUUAAUAAUUAAUGAAUGAGGCUAAUUAUCUUUUCAACAAUUAUGGAGAUCGAGGAGGGUGUUAUACGGCUUCGACGGAUAACACCCACCGAGAUAUCCAUAAUUCUUCAUAUGAUACGAAAGCCGAAUUCAAUAAUUGUUUUAUUAUUCAUUCAAAAUAAUUACUGGACAAGUUUAAAAACAUAGCUAAAACAUGCUUCGAUAGUGCACGUUUAGGGUUGUUCAGCUCCGCAGAUAUUCUCCAAAUAGCAGAUGUCGCCCUUCGAGUUGUCUUCUUGCUAUUCUUGCUAUGUUUUUAGCUGUUAUUUCGCCUAGUUCUUACUUUUGAAACGAGUGAAAUUUCCGCCAUUUUUGUUUUCACAACCAAAACAACUCAACCUCGUCCUCGGGCCUUCUCGAUUAACGGUGCAUUAACCUGCAAGGAAGCUUGCCCGCUAACCCGGGCGGAAUCGUUGGCAGUUUCAAGUUUGUUUGUUGUUUGUGAAGGAACAAAAACUCUCUUUUUCAAACCAUUUUUUUUAAACUUCCACCAUUAUUAGCAUUAGCUAGGAAAACGUGAAUUUAUAAUUCAGACAAAAAAUCUGAAAGGAGAAUCAAGCACCGUCAGCCAGGAAAACCGCUAUUAAAGAUCAUUAAAAGUAAAGCAAAACAGGUGACUCGUGAUGUCGCUUCUCUAGUGUUAUAAGCCCCCUGUAAGCACUGCAAUCUUGCUUUUAUGUACGACAUUUUUGCUCUGUUUGUAGUUUUGUUUGCCGUAUGAAUCUGAAUUCUUCCGUUUUUCAUUGAAUUUUGUCUCGCUUGUUUUCUACUUAUCAGUCAUAGUUCAGUGUCAAUGAUUGCAUUUAGCUUUCAAUCUGAAAUAACAACACGAAUCACUUUUCCAGUAGUCGGUUAUCGCCGUUUUCAUUUCUUUGUUUAUAACUUCUUACUCACAUGACCUUUUUUAUUCGAAUUCAAUUCAAAACUUUAAAAAUGGUAUGUGUAAUUAGCUUUUUUUACAAAGCCUUUGUGCAGUUUUUAUCCCGCUCCGCGAUUGAACUACUCUUAAAGCAAUUUUUGAAUUAUUCAGGGAAUCGAAAACGAAAUCCUAGCUUGUUGUAGUUUUUUACUGAGGCUUUUAAUAUCAAUCUCGUAAAUUCUUUUAUCCUUGUUUGACACUCAGAUUAUGAAUUUUCUAACAAGACACAAAAACCUUUCUUUAUUCUAAAAGAGAGCAAUAAGUGCCAUAAUGUAAAUUAUGUUGUAAUGUUUUGUUUUUGUUUUCAAUCGAUCGAGCGCUUCAUCAACAAGGACGCGUGCUACUUCAACACACAUAGGUUGGAGGGUGAAGGAGAAUUUUCUUGAAACUUUUAAAUCUCUGUAGGAAAAAAAUAAAAAUGUUAUUCACCGGCCUAGAUCGGUCCGUAUUGGGAGAAACUGUGCCCUCGGUCUGAGUACAGGCCUCGGGCACAGUUUCUCCCAAUACGGACCUUCCAGCCGGUGAAUAUAUUCUUGCUCAAAAAGUGGGCUUAUCUAAAAUAUGAAAGAGUUCUCCUCUAUUCUAACGACAGACCCGUCGACUUUUCGAGCCCGAAUUUGUCUUUAUUAUUUAUUAAAAAAAAAAAACAAGUUGUAAGUUGCUGUACUAUUAUUGACGUUUCUAAUUAACUAUAGGCUACCGCACAUUUCUCAGCAAUGCCCUGCACAUGAACAGAACACGAACCGCACAGUUUGGGUAGUUCAAAGAUUGGAUUAUAGUUAUGAGUAGCGAAAAAGGUUAUCGUUUGAUUUCCUAUCAUGUCUGUCCUCAAAGAAUACACCUUACGGUGAAACUUUCUAUCAGAUAUUGUGAGGCUGUAUAAAUGUAAAGGCUACACAUAACUGUUCUUCCGGGCCCCUUUAAAAAAAAUAAGAAAAAAAUAUAUAAAGGGCUUCCUUGGGAACACAAAGGUCCCCAAGCCAGCCUAAUUUUGCUUUUAGGUCUUUCCUUUAAGAUAGAAAUACUGACCCUAGAAAUCGUAACCUGUACUGAAAUUGCUGCUACCAAAGAGAACUACAAUUUCACUUUUUUUUUUCAAUUCAGGUUUGUUUGCGGGAUAUUGUUUCUUAAUCAUUUAGCCCCUCCCUCUAAAAGUGAACUGAUGCUGAAGGCUCCUUCUUUCUUUUUUUUUUUUGGCGCAAGGUUCAUUUUAUUAGUUUAAAGUUGAUUAGUUUUAUCAUAAGCCUAGAAACGGAGGCAUCGCUUUCAGCCCUGGCUAAAUCUUUUUUAUUGUGAAUGUAUAGCAUAAACUAAGUGGUAAAUACUCAUUUAGCGAUGACACAAAAACCAAACUUUCUAAUGAGCUCACUGCAAUAAAAAAGGGACAUAGACCGAUUGCAAUUUAAAAAUAAAUAGUCAGCUCAGAAGGUCUGUCAUUCUCAUCAGGGGCAGAGUGAACAGACCUGGAAAGAGAGUCAGCGCUGAAAAGGAGAAUUAAUACGACAAGAAGGAAAACGAUAUACUAUACUAAUACUGAAUAAACCGACAAAGCAAGCGCUGAGAAAGCAGAAAAAUAUAAGGGUUAACGGGGGAGAAAAUCUUGUUUUUGGAACUCUUUCCGCACGUUUAAUUUCAAACUGUGGUACCACAGCUGGCCCUACGUGCCUGAGUCGACUACUAUGUUUAAUAAAUUGAUAUUUUUUACCGCUAAAGUCCUGAACUUCCAACUUUCCUGGCUGUUUCAAACUUGAAAAUCAGCUGCUCUGUUUCCUGACCAUAUAUUAAAAGUCUUUCGAUACGAUAACGCCUGUGCAUAUAAGAGAUUAUAAGAAUUUCAGGCGAUGCCUUGGAACGGAAACAACAGUUUUCUUUCCAAAACGAAUUAAAAAUAAAGUUUCAAAUAUAACUAACUCACCGCAGCUUGAACAAAAACCAGCGGUAGAAUGACCACUCUACGUUUUCUUUACUUACGCCAUUGCACAUCACGCGCAAAUUCUUCAAACGUUAACCGGCAACCGCCGUGCACUUUCGCGCGCAACUUGAAGGAGUAAGCAACGCGAGGCCUGUUCUUCUUUCUCCAAAGAAGAUAUAGACAAAAUACGCAAACUAUUUUGUAUCUAAAAACUGUACAGCACUGCUUUAGUUAAACAUUUUUAUUAUGGUCUAAGCCCAAAAAAUAAGUAAGCAAAUAAAUAAAAAAGGAAGAAAAGUUUGAUAAAGUUGAUAAUGAAAUAUGACGGGGUUUUACAACCAUGAUACCCGGCCCAGGAACAUCCCUCUGUUUUUACAAGCAUUCAAUAGGAUGCCUGGCGUACGGGUGCAAUGACCUUCAGUAAACUAAGCUGACAGAUCUGGCCCACAGCGCACAGUUUAAGGGAAAGACAUGUUGCCAUAUGCCAGAAUAGCCCAGUAUAUAGAUUUAAUAGCUCAGUUUUCCGCUUUUUGUGUUUUGUAUGUAUAGUUCAGGAAAGACAAUCAGUUCAGUGACCACACAACAGUUCAAUAACCACUGCAGUAGUUCAAUAACCACAACAGUAGUUCAUAGAGAGCAGACCACAUGCAGCUGUUGGGAAAAUAGCCACAAAUACGUUAGAUGUUUUACUACGUUAUUCAGGAAAGUGACAUGAACUAGGCAUCAACUAACAAUCUUGUUUGAAUGCAGUUAAACCGACACUUGAAGAGAGAUUAGAUGCAGUUGUUGUGGUAGAAGACAAAGCAGCUACAGUGUCCUGUAAAGUGACCAGGAGCAACCCAUUGCCAUUAUUCAGUUGGCAGUAUGCUUUAAUAAACUUGGAAUGUGAUAUUCAAAAACCUGCCGGUACCUGUGUUCCUAAGGAAGACAAGUGGAUUACUGUUCCUUGUAAUCUGUUGUUGUCUAGCAGCUCAAAACCAACAAAUGAAAGCAUUGUGAAAGUUCCCAAAGACCAUCAAAAUGCAUUCUACCGUUGCCAAGCAUCCAAUUUCCUGGGAGAUAAUUGGCAAAUCUUGAGAUUUGUCAGACUUGGUAAGAACAUCAGUUUAGUAAAAACUUGAGAUACUGAAUUUUAGUUUAUGUGCUCCAUACCAGUACAGCCAAGAGAACAGAUUUCCUACUUAUAGGUCAAGCUACAAUCAUGGACAAAAGUCUUGGGACACUUGCAUUUCUAUGGUGUUUUCCAAUUCACGCAGGCCCAACCCCUCCCCUCACCCCACAAACAAAACUGGAUGCAUAUACCGGGUAUCCAGAAUUUUUUCCAGUUUCAACUUUGUAUAGGGUGGAGGGAGGGAGAACUGCAAGAAAAUUUCAAAAACAACGCUCUGUUUUAUAAGGCAACCCAGAAAUGACACUGGAAAAAUAUGAAUAUUGCAUUAGUGUCCCAAGGACUUUUGUCCAUGAUUGUCUGAAUCCUGGUUUUUGGAUAAAAAGUCUUUUUCUCCAUUUUUCCUAUGCCUUUUAGGCAUUUUGGAGACAAGUACGUGAUCACAACAUGGCAAGUUUUUACAAGGCAAAUUCCCUCAUUAGCCAUGCCGGGCCCAUUCCCCUAAACUGGAGCCGAGUACAGGGUAAGCUGUUCAGGCACGAAUGUAUCGAGCAUCCCGCACAGUACUCGGUUGCAAAAACACAGUUUAUUAUCAAUGUUAGCAAAAAAUUAACUAACGAAACAUGGCUAAGGUAUAUAUUUCAACUAUUAAACAUUGAUUGCAUUUGAAAUGAUAUGCUUCAGAAAGGCCACCUUGUAAAGUGAAUGCAACAGUACUCACUUGAUUGAGUAAGGAAAAUAUUGUCGUGUUUUUUUUUUCUCUCGAUUUCAAAGUGAGUACUGCGACUAGUAAGCUGAAAGCCGAGUCACGAAUCUCGAAACUGGAACGAAUCGAGUUUCGGGAGGCUUGAAUCAAGUUUCACGGAUCUGCUUACUUACAGACGUUGAUUAGGAAAUACAAUUUAGGUAAAAUUUUAGGUCUCUGGCACCCUGGGCAAGGUUGUGGAAAAGAAAGUUACAAACAGAGAAAAGGAGCUUGCCUCUUGACCCUCUUGAACUGAACCUGAACAUUAACUAUGCUAGCCUGUUCACAGACCCUCUAUUUCUCUUCUAAGUCGGUCGAGUGCGCGUGAUAAAAGAACAAAAACGGCGGGGGAUUUAUUGACCGCCAGCUCAGUGGGGUAGGGGUGGGGGAAGGAGAAAACAGUUCUUUACUUUUCUUUCUCGCACUCCGCGCUCGCUAUCGCUUUCUUCGAUCGCGCGCCCGCCAAUGUUUUCGAAAAGAACGGAAAGAAAAAUAAGACAACAUUUGUGUGCAGGUUUGAAACAAACAAACAAUUUAAAUGUAACAUAACAUGAUCAACAAUCCCAACUGGCAAGAGGCGAACCAAUUUGCUGUAUUACAAGCAUGCCCGAGGAUUUAAACUCAAGACUAGCAAGCGUGACAAGUCCAGCUAGUGGCCAGGGCAGGACUUGAACUUCGGGCCUACGAAUUGCAUGUACAAGUGAAUAAUAAAGCAAUAUAAUUGAAUUUGGCUUUCGUAUGAUGUGAAGAAUUAUGCAGAUCUUGGAGGGUGUUUUAUUAAUUCUCUGAUUAUUUCGUCAACUGGCUACCUUCAAGUUUAUUUUCUAACGCAAAAGUUACCCAUCUUUACUUAGCCACUGGGUAAUUUAAAUACGUUUUAAUUACGUUUAUGAAAGCAAACAUGUAUCUGAUAUGGUUGGACUUAAGCUGCCGGAACGUGAAUUUAAAGGUUGUUGAACCCUGUACGAGAGAGAAUAAAGGAUGUUUACGGAAUCAGUAUACUCGGUACUGCUUUAAUAAAAUCAACUCUUGUUCAAACUUCUAGAACACAAUUACGCCGCGUACUUCCAAGUUAAACUCAAUAUAUAAGUGCCAAUUAUUAACGUUUCAUUUGUAGACCUUUGAAAAAUAUGAUUUUUUAAACUUCAUUUUGAAGCAGGUGAGACAUAAUUCACGUACGUUGUGCCCUUUGCAAUAGCCGAAUUAGGUCAUAAAUGUCUUGAACCAGCAGGCACACUAAAAUAUGAUCUUUUUAACAGCUUCAUCACUGUACUCAGCGUUUGAAUCAUGAAGUUAUUUAAAUGUUAUGCUUCUAAACACAUUUAGCCGUAAUAAAAGACGACAAAAUUGUGAAGAACCAAAAUGGCGGUCUCAAAGUGCCCUUGUAUGACCUUUAGCGCAACAAUGGCAUGUUUAGAUGCCAAAAUCUGAUUGGUUCCUAGGCAUAAACUCCUUCAACCUUCAACCUUAUUGGCCCCUGCAACACACAUCCGAACAGACAAAGCCACAGAGAUACAUACGCUUAGACCACUGACUUCUGAGCUUUUUUUUUUUUUUUUCAAAACAGCUCAGCAAUUUAAAACGUUUCAUUCCAAUAAUUUUACUCUGUCCUCAAUGUUCUCUUUCCAAAAUGCGUAACCCUAAAAGAAAAUGCUUUGUAUACUUUAGUACUUUUUCAUAUAUUCAUUCAUUUCCCUGUGAGAAUCGGACUGGAUCACAACUUUUAAAAAGCAAACAAACAAUUUGUUUAAUUUUAGUAAACCUUCAAGCGAUUGCAGGCGGUAAGAAAUGUUGCUUCCGGCGGUAAAUUUUACCGGUUACCCCCUGAUAACGAGGAUACUGGGUCACUAUAGGACCUACCACUGCAUAUUUUGGAAUUUGCGACCACUGAAAAUCACAACAACUGUGAAAUAGGCAAGUUUCGUAUUCCCCGAAGGCCCUGGGACGAGAAACUUUUUAGCAUGGUUGCGAUCGAGGCUAAUGCGGGUCAACGUCUUGGCGAAAACAAAAACUAACAUAAACUAGCAUAAGCAAAUUGCAGCUGUGCGCUGGAAAACGAUACAAAUCAUGAAAAUAAUAAGAUUUCAAAGCUCAAACUUUACCAGUAAGCUAAGGGCAUAUCUGUUUCAAACAACAAAACUGUGAAAAGAGCUGGUCGAACUAACAAAGAAAUAAAAAAAAAUCCAUGAGUGAAGCCAAAAGAAGAAGUAAACUUAAGCUUGAAAAUGGUAAAUUAUGUUAAAAUGUUUAAAUAUCAUCUAAUAUUCGAUUCCCUUUAUAAUUUUCAAACUUCUUGUUAUUCUGUAUUACUCGGGUGUAUAUCUGUAAAAUGAAGUUUAAACUGCUUAGAAUUAUCGUCUAUAUGAAAGUCUGUUUCAACUUCAAAUCGAGUGAAAAUAGUGCAAGGAAUGUAUGCAGAACUUCAUCCCCGUCGUGAUAGAUAUUUAUCCACCGAAAAUACUAGUUCGGUUUAUCUACAGCUUUGUUAGAAAACGUCAACUGAAAAGUUGGUGUUUUAACUUUAUUGCAUCUUUUUGACAACUACCCCCAUUUCAAUGAAAGGUGUCCUUGAAGAAGCUAUAUCGACCACUGAAAGUUAGCAUUAAAAUGGCUUUUACAAUGUUUUGAGGAUUUUGAGACCAUCUUCGCAUUUUUAUUGAACUUGGUCACCAACUCACUCUUUCGGUCAAUUUCUGUUUACGCUGUUUGUUUUUCUCGGUGACGAAGAGCUGAUUUUCCUUUAAUUUGCUGUUCGAAACAAUGAUUUCUCAAGCCGGCAAGUAAGUUUGGAGCCCACCAAAACCUCCUUUAACGUUUUCCUCGUUUUCCCGCAACCCUGCCGCAGUUUCCUCAUGUUUGUUUGUCUUCUUGCCAAAAGUGACCCGCAUUAGCCUCUCUUUCGCACGAAAACAAGCACUCGUCCUAGGCCGCUCGCGAAUAAGAAAUUUGCCUAUUUCCGUGGCAGGUCGGAGGGGCUCUAGACUUCUGUACAAAUAUGUAAAAAGUUGGGGGGAGGGGGAGGGGAGGAACAAACGCUGUCAAAAAUUCUGGCUAUUUUCCAGCAUGCAAUGCGGUAGUGAUGUUGAAAAUGGAAACGAGGCCAGGAUGAACUAGAACAAAGGGUGUAGCGUGGCCCAGGAAACAAAUUAGAACAAAAAAGCUACUUCUAGGCUAGAACAAGGACUGAAUUUUACUUUUACUGUGAAUGUUGUCUUUUGGUUUUGCAAUGAUGAUUUCUGUAUAUAAAAAUCGUGAAGGCAAAAAAAAGCGAUUUUUGUCGUUUUAACAUGACGCAAAAACGGUCAUCUUUGUUCAUGUCCAAAUUUAAAAGGUGGUAUUUUGCAAAAAGCGCUGACUUUUUGCAUUUUUUGGACAUCCCAGUUUGAAGGACAUUCUACUCGAUGCUCACAACUGACAGUUAAGACAAUGUUGGCGCGAUUGAGAAAGUUGCAAUCAGGGCUGUCAUUAAUUUUUAGAGCAGCUGUAACAGGUGUUCGGGUUACGGUCCCGUAAUGACAGCUCUGGUAAUGUUUUCAAGCAGUGUAGUCUUGUACGGCCAGUUUUGGCAACAUCCAUCUCCUUACAAUGGCCACUUUUUUUCUGUCCCCAAGGUGGCCAUGGAGGAGAAGUUUAACUGCAUGCCAAUUAUAAAUUGUUGCUGGCCACUCCACCAAUAAUAUGCCAGUAGGCUCAUUUUUGCUGACCGGCAAUAAAUGUUAAAACUGAAACAGUAGUUGUUUUAUGAUUCUUUUUCUUUUUGACAGUGGCACCAGUCAUAGUUGAACCUAAGGAAGGUGAAGCACCUCUUUUACUCAAGAUUGGUGAUCCAUUGAACAUAAGCUGUGUGGCGAAAGGGAACCCUGCUCCUAAUGUCACAUGGUCAAAUAAUAACACAGGAAAUACAGUAUCACCAACUUCAACAAACUCCCAGCGAUUGAUCAUUGACUCGAUGGAAGACAUGGAUUUUGGUUUUUACACCUGCAUUGCCAGAAGUAAAUUGAAUUAUACGACGGUUUCUGUUGAAAUCAAGAAAGGUAAAUUUACUUCACAUGUUGAUACAUAGUUAAUGGUUGUCUCUGAGUGUUGGAGGCCAGGGUUUACUACGCCUUUCACGAGGAUGAUUCCUGAACUACUUUCACAGGAAACAUAAGGAAAACAGAAUGAAACGAACUUCUUAGAUGUUCAAUUCCCUGUCUAUUUUAUAAGGGUAAUUGGACAGUCCCGAAAUAUAAUUUUAUGCUAUAAAGGCUGUUAAGACACGUUAUAACUUGUUGGUUUUAUCUUUCUGUCUAAAGGAAAGGCCAACUGAAAAAUCAGGCUGGAUUUUUUGUGUGUGGUUCGCUACGAGUUUACUUUACAAAUCUGUUAGCGCGUAAACCAGCCUUUUUACAUCACCUCUGACAUAAACAGAACUAUCACGAGUUUUUUGUUUAUCGUUCAGACCUCGGAUAGAGAUUAUCUAAUUUUUUCCCCUAUUUUACUUAUAAUUCUGCAGUUUUUCACAGAAUAAUCUUAAAAGACAAAUUGCACUCAUUCAGUAAUCAGGACGAUCGAAGCACGCGCUUCUCUUGCACACCAAAUUAUAAAAAUCUCAGCAUCAUAAAAUUCUAAUUACAUAAACAAGUAAAAAGCAAUGAGAAAAUGUUCCGAUAUUUUGGCGACAUCAUGACGCCAGUAUCAAGGAAUAGAAAUAAAAAUGCGAGUUCAAAAGGAGUUAAAGUACUUUAUAAAAUUUGCAUGAAUGACUGACCUUAGUACGGAUUGAAUCCGGUUGCACGUUCAAAGGCGGUCUUAAUUGUUUGAUGUAAAGCACCUCACUAAAGCAGCUGAGAAGGUCCUCAGGGACGGCACCCGCGUGGUCUUUAUCUUAUUGUUUGCGCACGGGAGAUGAUUUACUUUUGUGGCCAUUCACCCGUGUAAAAUAUGCCCACGCGUAUAACCAACAUAGGUACCUGUAUCACACGGGUUACAUUGAAAGUGGUACAGUACGCACUGUUGAUUAACCACUUGUGAUUUCGUCUCACAUUCGUGGAGGUCCUGGCCAAUUUUGUUACUCACAAAUUCGGGUUGGAUUGUAGUAUGGAGCUUAAGACUUAGGUCUUUCAACUGUGUCUUAACAAAGUUGGCCGAAUCCUGCUCCUUAAAGGGUAUAACUACCCGAGUCACAUCACAACUCGUCAUUUCCGCCGAGGCCUGCGAUGGCUGCGGGUCAGCAACCCCCGAGCUAACAAAAGUGUUACUGGUGGAGUUGAUAAGGCGUUGGGGGUACUUCAAACGUGAAAACAGAGACUUCAAGCAUUCACACUUCUCCGAAUAGUAAAACCAUGUCGCGGACAAACGGUACGCACGAUCAAGGGUCAGCGGUUGUCAUGGCGGCUGAAUGUGUUUUCCUGAGCUGAGUUCUUUACAAUGUAUUUCUGCUUUCUUAUGUCUGCUCGCUGCGUCCAAACGAUUUACUACACCAUCUUAAGGAAAAAGGAUUGAAGUCAUCUACUUUUUGCACCUUUAUCCACGGUUUUCGCGAUAGUGUGGUCACUCUUCCGCCAUCUUGGAUAUCUUGCACACCGUCGCAAGACGUUUCUAUCCUCAAGUUUGGCGCACUAUCCCAACUCAGUUACUGGGUUCCGGCUGAUACGGCUUCUCUUUUGUGGCGACAUUUCUCCCAAUCCUGGUCCAGCUCCUAA